AUGUCUACAACAUCAACUUCAGAAAUAACACCAACAGAGACUACAACACCAACUACAGAACCAACAACAACAAAGAAGGAUAAGAAAAGUAGUAAAGGAAGAGUUGUGAUUGUUGGAGGUGGAUAUGGUGGAAUUAUCGCCGCCAGGAAGUUGGAGAAAGAUAAUUUCGAUGUUACCGUGGUCGAGAAGAAACAUGUAUUCUUUAUCAACACCGGAUCACUCAGAUGUAUAGUCGAGCCAGAGGUCUCUAGAAAAUGCUUCAUACCAUACGCCGGCAUGUUGAAGCGCGGUCGCUUUGUACACGGCCUGGCAAUUAACGUGUCACCCACACGCGUGCUAAUGGACAGCGGCGAAGAACUGCCCUUUGACUUUUUGAUCAUUGCCACGGGUACCAACAACCUGUCGCCAUUCAAGUCGCCACUGGACGUGUCGUACGCCUAUCAAUACUUCACCGACAUCAAGGAGACUAUACGCCAGGCGCAAAAGGUGAUGAUUGUCGGUGGUGGCGCGGUCGGCGUCGAGCUGGCUGGCGAGAUCGCCACGGACUUCAAGGGCAAGUGUGUACAGCUCGUGCACAACUCAGACAGAUUGGUGGCGCCACAGGUCAACGACAAGUUUACCAAAAAGAUGAACAAGAAGCUGGUGGAUAUGGGCGUCAAGUUGAUGUUCAACACAUCGAUCGUCGUGCCAGACCACGUCCAGGAGCACCUGAGGCAACAGUCAUACUUUGGCUACGAGCUCGAGAUGAAGACAUUCCCCACCGACUCAGAGUACGGCAACAUCGAAGCGGAUCUCGUCUUUUGGUGCAUCGGCAACAAGAUUAACAAUGAGCCGAUGGCCGAGCACUUUGGCGAUGCGAUCGAUGGCGAGGGCCGUCUAAAGGUCAACGAGUACAUGCAGGUCGAGGGCUACCAGAACAUCUUUGCUGUGGGUGACAUCACCAACGUCGAGGAGAUCAAGACACUGUACAACGCAAGGAAUCACGCUGAGCUGCUGGCACGCAACCUCAAGGCCAGCACCACAUUCUCUGCCAAGAAGUGGACCAAGUACAAGACACCUGGUACCAUGAUGUUUGUGACACUUGGUCGCAACGACGGUCUGGCACAUCUGCCCAACGGCAUGAUCAUACCAGGCUUCCUUGUAAAGAUGGUCAAGUCCAAAGGUGUCUUCCUGGACAACAUUCACAAGUCACUUGGCAAACCACGAGGAGUUGUCAACAUUGGAACUGCCACUGCCAAGUCCAACAAGUAG